AGACAGAGAGACAGGGAGAGAGAUAGCUAGCUAGAUACACUGUAGGUAGGCUGCGGCAAGGGGCAUUUUGUUGUCUACAUUCUUAAACAUUUUUUGCUCACUUUUCUAAAUUAGACACUGAAGGAUUUUCAUGAUCAGUUACUAGACCUCGGUACCUCUGCCGGGAACGGGAUCAGUUUGACAUGUCACUGAUACUGACUGUGUUGGACAAGCUGACGUACUUCUUGUCUUUAAUUGCGUUUUGCGUCAGUGUAUCUCAUGGCUGGUUGAAACGAGGCUAGAUCAUUCCUUUAAUCUUAGUUUGGGCCUGAGAAUGAAAUGGUGUCAGCGUUUUCAAUGGACUAUUGCUUAUUUCUGAGUUUAAACCAUUAUUUGGAGAUGUUUUCCAGUGUGAGUUAAUUAGGAUGCUUUUAUCCACAGACGUUGGAUAUCUAGCGCCUCUGUGUAAGUCUGUGUUGGGCGUCCAUUUGAUAGUAGAGCUGAAAGGGUUUUAUUUGUGUGAUUUCUAUCAGUAUUAUAUGAAAAUAUAUAGUAUAUUGUUCGUAUCAACUCAGAUUGGUAGACUUGUCUUGAGACAAACUAUCUGCAGUUUGAGCUCUGUAUAAUAUUAAUACAAUGGUGUUAAUUACACAGAAGUAAUUCAUCCCUGAGAUGAGUGUUUAAGUAUUAUCUGAGAUCAGUUUUCUACUCAUUGGCAUUAAAGUAAAAGAAUAAAGGGGUAACACUUUCUAUGAAGUACAGUGUUAUGACACUGACUAUAAGUAUCCAUAGUAACUCUUAAGCGUUUAUAAAACAUACUGUGUGAUUCUUCCUUCUAUGUACAGGUGUGACCGGAGACAGUGAGCCACCUGUGACAGAUCAACACCAUGUUACUACAGCGGAUGCUGAAGCCGCAGCAUGUGCUUGUGCUGGUGCUGUGUGUGUCAGCCAGCGAAGACUUUGACUGGACCAAGAGUGAACGCGGAUCAUUCUACUAUGGCACUUUCCCAACUGGUAGGCUACUGUACAAGGAGAAAUGCAGAAGUGACCGAAAUCAUGUUAAAAAGGUCUAUAACUAACAGCAAAACAUAUUUAUACAACUAGAAAUAAGAUCUGCAGAAUGAGAAUUACAGAAAUUAAGGAGAGAGAGAGAGAGAGAGACAGAGAGAGAGAAACAUGUAAUUUAUCUUCUCACAGGAAUGAAGAGUUGUUGCUAACCUCUUGUGACGAGUACUGAGUAUACGAAGAGGCAGGACGCAGACGCAGGAAUUAACAAGGUCAAGGUUUACUUAACAAUGACAAAGAGAAAUAACAAAGAUAGCGUAAACGACACGAAGCUAAACAAUCACACACAACAUCUUCCAGAACAGUCCAGGGCUAAAUAGGGGUGGUGAUGAGAUGAUGAGGUGCAGGUGCGCUGGAGGUGAUUAGGGUGCGUUGGGUUUCCAUUCCGGUGUUGCCGAGGUGGUGCGCUCAGACCGGUGGCUCAGUAGACCGGCGAAUCAGAGCGCCGGAGGGGAGCCCCCCCCCCCCCCCCGGACGCGCGGCUCCAGCCUCUGGACGUUGCCGGCCAGGAGGACGACCCUGAGGACGAGGAGUGGGCCGGUCAGGGCGACGACGGUGGAAGUCCCGAAUUAGGUUGGGGUCCAGAACGUCCCCAGCCGGAACCCAGCUCCUCUCCUUAGGACCAUACCCCUCCCAGUCCACCAGGUAAUGGAGCCGUCCCCCACGGAACCUGGAGUCCAGCAGGUCCCUCACCACAUACGCCGGACUCCCGUCAGUGUCCAGGGGCGGAGGAGGCGUACCCCGGGGGACGGCAUCCACCAGAGGACCAAGAACCACCGGCCUGAGGAGAGACACAUGAAAAGUGGCUGAGACACAGUAGUGAGGGGGAAGGAGCAGCUGGUAUGAUACCUAAUUUAUCCGCCGGAGGACCUUAAACGGCCCCACAAACCGGGGGCUCGGUUUCUUGCAGGGCAGGCGGAGAGGGAGGUUUUUUGUGGACAGCCAGAUACGAUCCCCAGGCUGGAAUACAGGGGCCUCACUGCGGUGGCGGUCGGCUUCCCAGCUAACAAGGAACGUAACUGAGACAUUUGUAACAUUCCCCUUACGUCUUCCAGAGGUACUGAAUGUCAUGGCCCGUUUGGGACAUUAUAGGCAAAUUCAUAACGUUUCUAAUACGUAUUUUAGAGGUUAUAAAUAUCAGGUCGCUAUACAGACAUCAUGGGAACAUAAAAAAAUGUCCUUGGUAGUCCAUGAAAGGUUCUGAAUAUCAUGUUAUUUUGGAGAUAUCCUAGGAACAUUUCAUAACGUUACAUUUAGAGCUAUGGUUUGUCUUCAUAUAACGUUACAAUCGGAAUGAUAGAAAUACAUUUUGGAACAUCGUCUGUAAGUUUCACAAUAACGUUAUCAUGACUUAUGUGGGGACUAAAAUAACUUUGUGGUCACGUCCUGGAACGUAAUUUUGUUAGCUGGGUUGGUCCUUCUGCCGACGAAUGGCCCACUGGAGAUGGACAUGGGCGGCGUCCCAGACCUGUCCGGCCCUGUGGAACCACUCGUCGACAGCGGUCGCAUCGAUCUGGCUGGGUGUCCAAGGGGCCAGGGCCGGCUGGUACCCCAGGACGCACUGGAAGGGAGUGAGCCCUGUGGAGGAGUGAACGAGGGAGUUCUGGGCAUAUUCUGCCCAGGGAAGAAACCUUUCCCACUCACCCUGCCGGUCCUGAUAGUGGCAAUGAAGAAACCUCCCCAGCUCCUGGUUCAUGAGCUCCACCUGCCCAUUCGACUGAGGCCUAUACCCAGAAGUGAGGCUGGCCGUGGCCCGAUCUUCUCCAGGAAAGCCUUCCACGCUCGGGAGGUGAAUUGGGGGCCACGGUCCGAGACGAUGUCCUCCGGAAGUCCAUAAUGCCGGAAGACCUGUUGGAACAGGACCUCAGCGACCUGGAGAGCAGAAGGAAGACCAGUUAGUGGCAAAAAACGGCAUGAUUUGGAGAACCAAUCUACGACCACCAGGACUGUGGUGAAGCUGUCAGAACGUGGAAGGUCGGUGACAAAGUCUAUGGACAGGUGUGACCAAGGUCGCUGAGGCACUGGGAGAGGAACUAGUUUGCCUGCCGGGGUGUUCGAGGUGUCUUCGUUUGGGCACAUACGGAACAGGAGUUGACAUAGCGGGAGACAUCAGAAGCCAAGGUGGGCCACCAGUAUUUUUGGGCUAGAGAAUGUGCGUAAUACUAGAGUGCCCUGCCGUAAGGGUAGUGUGCGCCCAGAUCAGCAGGUGGUCACGGACACUGGUGGGUACAUACACAUGCCCCGCAGGGGCGUUGGCAGGCGCUGGGUCCUCCUGAGCCGCCAGGCGGAUGUCUUCGUCCACAUCCCAAAUGACAGGUGCAACGAUGAGAGACGAGGGCAGGAUAGGACCCCCCAGAUCCUUCCUUUCUCCGGUAUGGUGCAUCCUGGAGAGUGCGUCGGCCUUCACAUUCUGGGAUCCUGGGCGGUAGGACAGAAUGAAUUGGAAGCAAGUGAGAAAUUGGGCCCACCUGGCUUGACGAGAGUUCAUCCGUUUCGCUGCCCGUAUGUGCUCCAAAUUCCGGUGGUCAGUAAGAAUCCGGAAUGGAUGGACUGCGCCCUCCAGCCAGUGUCUCCAUUCCUCCAGAGCGAGGACCACCACCAACAGCUCCCUGUACCAACUCCAUAGUUCCUCUCUGCGGGGGUAAGCUUUUUAGAGAAAAAGGCACAGGGAUACAUUUUCUCUGGCUUACCAUGCCGCUGGGAGAGGACCGCACCCACACCCUCCUCCGAUGCGUCCACCUCCAGGAUGAAAGGACGAGAAGGAUCUGGGUGUUUUAGGAUGGGCGCUGUGUUGAACCUCUCCUUCAUCCUCUUGAAGGCAGCGUCAGCCUCAGGAUUCCAGGGCAGCUUCUGAGGCCCACCCUUAAGGAGAGAGGUGAGCAGGGCGGCUAUGGAGCUGAAGGACCUGAUUAAAUGCCGGUAGAAAUUAACGAAGCCUAGGAAGCUCUGUAGGCCCUUGAUGGUGGUGGGAACUGGCCAUGAGCUGAUGGCGUCCGUCUUCACUCCUUCCAUGAACACCCCCUGAGGACUGAUCCGGUAUCCCAGGAAGGAGAUGGCCUGUUGGUGGAAUUUCUCCCCCUUCACCAACAGGCUGUGUUCCUGGAGGCGGAGUAGGAUAGCUCGAACGUCCCUGACGUGCUCCUCGAAUGUAGCCGAGUAGAUCAGGAUAUCGUCGAUGUACACCACCACCUGUCUACUCAGCAUGUCCCGGAACACGUCAUUGACGAAGGACUGGAACACAAAAGGUGUGUUGGCUAGGCCGUAGGGCAUGACGCGGUAUUCAUAGUGGCCUGAGGUAGUGCUGAAUGCCGUCUUCCACUCGUCUCCUUCCCGGAUUCGGAUCAGGUUGUAGGCACUCCUCAGGUCCAACUUGGUAAAGUACCGGGCCCCUCGUAGCUGCUCGAUGGCCAACGGAACCAGAUUGGAGGGGGUACCGGUACUUGGUGGUGACUGCGUUCAGCCCCCUGUAGUCAAUGCAUGGUCUCAGUCCUCCGAGGUAGAGCGUCUGAUGAACCUCUGUUUCAGGGUCUCCGCCACAUACUUCUCCAUGGCCUCAGUCUCCGCCAUGGAAAGGGGGUAAAUGCGACUCUUUGGGGGGUGUUGUCCCUCCAGCAGGUCAAUGGUGCAGUCCCAGGGCCUGUGAGGAGGGAGACACCUAGCCUUUAAUGAAGAGAAGACAUCAGAGAGAUCUGCGUACUCAUGUGGAAUGUUGGGCUGGAGGGCGGACUCCGGACUCUCCACAGACGUGGAACAACAAACCACCGACAAGCAGGUCUUCCGGCAUGAGGUGGACCAGGCUGUGAUCCUCUUGGUGCUCCAAUUGAUGGUGGGGUUGUGUAGUCUGAGCCAGGGCAAUCCCAAGACGAUCCGGUGAAGGGGUGACGUGACGAUGUGGAAUGACAGCUCCUCGUGGUGCUCCGGUAGUGUGGGAAUGGUGAUGGUGAUGGGGAGAGUGACGUGCGUAAUGGUGCCUGAUCCAAGGGGUUUAUUGUCCAGUGAUGUGACGUGUAGAGGAGAUAGCAGUGGCACGGUGGGCAACCCCCAUUCAGAGACCAGCUCCCUAUCUAUAAGGUUCUCCGCUGAUCCGGAAUCUAUCAUAGCAGUAGAAGUGGAAGAGAAGGAAUAACCAGUCACCGUUAUGGGAACUAAAAACAAUUUUGUGAUAGGAGCUGACGUAACACUCACGGAGCGGCGACGGGAGUCAUACCGCCUAGAUAGGGAGCCGGCAGGAGAUCUGUGGUCCGUGGUGGUGUAGGGGGUGCUGCCCACCUCCAUGGGUGAUGACUCAGAAGCAGGGCGGCUUCCAUAGCUCAGAUGGGGUGAGCGACGAGGCUCUGGGAGGUGUUGGGAACGCCAUCUCUCUCUCAACAUGUCGUCUAGACGGAUGGCCGUGGUGAUGAGGGUAUCAAGGUCCAUCUCGUCGUCCCGACAUGCGAGUUCCAUCUUGAUGUCCUCCCGUAAGCCUCUCCUGAAGGCCGUGCGCAGAGCACGCUCAUUCCAGCCGGAAGACGCCGCCACUGUGCGAAAGCUCAGAGCGUACUCGGACGCGGGCCCCUCUCUCUGUUGUAGAUGGAGGAGACGCUCACCCCCGUCCUUUCCCUCCGUGGGAUGAUCAAACACUACCCUGAACCGAGCGAGGAAGGUGGGAUAGGGAAGCGCCACUGCCUCCUCUCCUUCCCAAACUGCCGUGGCCCAAUCCAGCGCCUUUCCUUGAAGGAGCGAAAUCACCAGCGCUAUCCUGGCUUGGUCAGAUGUAUAUGCCCGAGGCUGACGCGCCAGAUAAAGUGAAACCUGUAGCAGGAAGCCACUACAUUUAGUAGUUUUACCGUCAUAGCGCUCCGGUAGGGCGAGGGUUCCCGCAGAAAUGGGUGAUAGCACGGGAACAGGUGGAUUUGGGGCACUCGCCGCACCCUGAGGUGGACCCGGAGCGCUGGGCAGAUUUAGCAGAGUUUGGAGCACUUCCUGCAUGGCGGCGUUCAACUGGGAAAGCUGCUGCUGGUGCUGGUCCAGGCACUGGGAAACUCCUGCUGCAUCCAUUUUCGUUUGGUGUGUGACUCUGUGACGAGUACUGAGUAUACGAAGAGGCAGGACGCAGACGCAGGAAUUAACAAGGUCAAGAUUUACUAAACAAUGAUAAAGAGAAAUAACAAAGAUAGAGUAAACGACACAAAGCUAAACAAUAACACACAACAUCUUCCAGAACAGUCCAGGGCUAAAUAGGGGUGGUGAUGAGAUGAUGAGGUGCAGGUGCGCUGGAGGUUGGGUUUCCAUUCCGGUGUUGCCGAGGUGGUGCACUCAGACCGGUGGCUCAGUAGACCGGCGAAUCAGAGCGCCGGAGGGGAGCCACAGGAGGAGACGUGACAACUCUAUAUCUCUCUGAAGGGUUUUCCUGGGGGGCUGGAGGCUCUGCGUACCAGACAGCUAACCUCUCUAUCUCUCUGAAGGGUUUUCCUGGGGGGCUGGGGGCUCUGCUUACCAGACAGCUAACCUCUCUAUCUCUCUGAAGGGUUUUCCUGGGGGGCUGGGGGCUCUGCUUACCAGACAGCUAACCUCUAUAUCUCUCUGAAGGGUUUUCCUGGGGUGCUGGGGGCUCUGCGUACCAGACAGUUAACCUCUAUAUCUCUCUGAAGGGUUUUCCUGGGGGGCUGGGGGCUCUGCUUACCAGACAGCUACCCUCUAUAUCUCUCUGAAGGGUUUUCCUGGGGGGCUGGGGGCUGGGGGCUGGGGACUCUGUGUACCAGACAGCUAACCUCUAUAUCUCUCUGCAGGGUUUUCCUGGGGUGCUGGAGGCUCUGCGUACCAGACAGAGGGAGCCUGGGACAAGGAUGGCAAGGGGAUGAGCAUCUGGGACGUGUUCGCCCACAAGAAGGGAAAAAUCUUCCUCAACGACACCGGAGACCACUCCUGCGAAGGAUACUACAAAUUCAAGGUGAAUAGACUGCAUGGACAGUAGACAGACUAUCCCUGUAUAGUAAAAAGUGGUCAAAAGUAGUGCACUGCAAAGGAAAUAGGGUGCCAUUUGAUAUUUGAACCAUAUGGCUCCGUCUCAAUUGACACUUUGACAUGACAUUGUCAAUAUCUUCUAGGAUGACAUCACCUUGAUGAAGGACAUGAAGUUUAACCACUAUCGUUUCUCCAUCUCCUGGCCAAGGAUCUUUCCCAACGGAAUCAAAAGUAAAUGCUUCAUACUUCAUAAUCCAGAUUCUCCACUGAACAUACUUCAUAGUCCAGAUUAUCCACUGAACAUACUUCAUAGUCCAGAUUCUCCACUGAACAUAUUUCAUAGUCCAGAUUCUCCACUGAACAUACUUCAUAGUCCAGAUUCUCCACUUUGUCCAGGACAAAGCUUCAUAAUGUUUUUCGUGAAUGUUAUACGUAAUGGAAAUGUCUUUUUUUUCUCUCCAGCUGACCACAUCAAUGAGAAGGGGAUAAAAUACUAUGAUGACCUGAUCAACAUGCUCCUGGACAAUAACAUCACACCAAUAGUCACCCUGUACCACUGGGAUCUGCCACAGGUGGGCACUGAAUGACUGGGUACUGACUGACUGAUUGGGUACUGAUUGACUGACUGGGUACUGAUUGACUGACUGGGUACUGACUGACUGGGUACUGACUAACUGGGUAGUGACUGAAUGAUUGGGUACUGAUUGACUGACUGGGUACUCAAUGACUGGGUAGUGACUGGGUACUGACUGACUGAAUGGGUACUGACUGACUGGGUACUGACUGACUGGGUAGUGACUGACUGAAUGGGUACUGACUGACUGGGUACUGACUGACUGACUGGGUACUGACUGACUGACUGGGUACUGACUGACUGGGUACUGACUGACUGACUGUGUACUGACUGGGUACUGACUUGACUGGGUACUGACUGACUGACUGGGUACUGAUUGACUGCCUGGGUACUGACUGACUGGGUACUGACUGAUUUGGUACUGACUGACUGACUGCGUACUGACUGACUGACUGAGUACUGACUGACUGAUUGAGUAUUGAUUAACUGGGUACUGACUGACUGGGUACUGACUGACUGAUUGGGUACUGAUUGACUGGGUAGUGACUGACUGGGUACUUACUGACUGGGUACUGACUGACUGGGUACUGACUGACUGGGUACUGACUUACUGAUUGGGAACUGACUGACUGAUUCGAUACUAAUUGACUGGGUACUGACUGACUGGGUACUGAUUGACUGGGUACUGAUUGACUGACUGGGUACUAACUAACUGGGUACUGACUGACUGACUAGGUUCUGACUGACUGGGUACUGACUGACUAGGUACUGACUGACUGAGAACUGACUGACUGUAUGCUAACCAGUAGUGAAUCGCUAUUAGCUUGCUGAGCUAGCACAUACAAAGCUACACUUCAAUGCAAAACAUGACACAUUUUUUUAAUCCAUAUAUUUACAGAAUCCAGAUUUAAAUAAUGUUGUCAGUAAUCUAACUCCAUAUAAAUCCCAAACGUAUGUGGACCCGACUGUACUGCAUUUGUAUCAGUGGCUUCAUUGAAAGAAGAAUGUGGAGGUGAAAAAUCUGUCGAUGUGCCCUUGAGCAAGGCACUUAACCCUAAUUGCUCCUGUAAGUCGCUCUGGAUAAGAGCGUCUGCUAAAUGACUAAAAUGUAAAUGUAAAUGUAUGGAGGGAUGUUUCCUGUUAUGAUGAUCCCAGAUGACUGGUCUACUACAACACAUUCCCUAUCCAUGGCAUGGUGUGACCUAUAGUAAUCUUCCUUCCCUGUUACCACCCAGGUCUGGUGUGACCUAUAGUAACCUUCCUUCCCUGUUACCACCCAGGUCUUGUGUGACCUAUAGUAAUCUUCCUUCCCUGUGACCACCCAGGUCUUGUGUGACCUAUAGUAACCUUCCUUCCCUGUUACCACCCAGGUCUUGUGUGACCUAUAGUAACCUUCCUUCCCUGUUACCACCCAGGUCUUGUGUGACCUAUAGUAACCUUCCUUCCCUGUUACCACCCAGGUCUUGUGUGACCUAUAGUAACCUUCCUUCCCUGUUACCACCCAGGUCUUGUGUGACCUAUAGUAACCUUCCUUCCCUGUUACCACCCAGGUCUUGUGUGACCUAUAGUAACCUUCCUUCCCUGUUACCACCCAGGUCUUAGAGGAGAAGUAUGGUGGAUGGCAGAACGUCAGCAUGGUGAACUAUUUCAACGACUUUGCCAACUUAUGCUUUGAGAGGUUUGGUGACAGAGUCAAAUACUGGAUGACCUUCAACAACCCAUGGGUAAGACAAUACAUUAUCCAUAACACAUGAUCCGUAAUACAUGAUCCAUAAUACAUUAUCUGAUGGACACACAUGCUGUGUUCCAAAUGGCACCCUAUUCCCUAUAUAGUGCACUAAUGUUUAACAGGGCCCAUAGGACUCUGAUCAAAAGUAGUGCACUAUAUAGGGAAUAGGGUGCCACUUGGGAGACACACAGUAUAUGAACCAUCCUCCUCCAGAAGAGUACUGCAGGUUAGCUUAACCAUGAACCAGAGCCAAAUACAUGUAUCAAAUACUUUCAAAUAGGCUAAAGUAUUUUAAAGUAUUUGACACAAUGUAUUUUGACUCAGGACUUCCAUAAACAUUAUAUUUGAUAAGUCUUAGUGUACAGUAAUGCAGUGUACUGUAUCUGUGUUUGUAGUUUUGUGCUGUGGAGGGCUAUGAGACUGUGUUUGUAGUUUAGUGCUGUGGAGGGCUAUGAGACUGUGUUUUGUAGUUUAGUGCUGUGGAGGGCUAUGAGACUGUGUUUGUAGUUUAGUGCUGUGGAGGGCUAUGAGACUGUGUUUGUAGUUUAGUGCUGUGGAGGGCUAUGAGACUGUGUUUGUAGUUUUGUGCUGUGGAGGGCUAUGAGACUGUGUUUUGUAGUUUUGUGCUGUGGAGGGCUAUGAGACUGUGUUUUGUAGUCUAGCGCUGUGGAGGGCUAUGAGAUUGUGUUUGUAGUUUAGUGCUGUGGAGGGCUAUGAGACUGUGUUUCUAGUUUAGUGCUGUGGAGGGCUAUGAGACUGUGUUUGUAGUCUAGCGCUGUGGAGGGCUAUGAGACUGUGUUUGUAGUUUAGCACUGUGGAGGGCUAUGAGACUGUGUUUUGUAGUCUAGCGCUGUGGAGGGCUAUGAGACUGUGUUUGUAGUUUAGCACUGUGGAGGGCUAUGAGACUGUGUUUUGUAGUCUAGCGCUGUGGAGGGCUAUGAGACUGGAGAACAUGCACCUGGACUGAAGCUGAGGGGCACUGGGGCCUACAAAGCUGCCCACCACAUUAUCAAGGUAAUCACUAGUUGUUUAUAAGAUCAUUAUAUUUCAUAUUGUCAGGAAUCUAAUUCCAUUUAUUGGCCUGCUGUACUGUCUGUCACCUGAUACAGAAUAAUAUAUUGUCUUCUUCUUCAUUUGAACAGGCACAUGCUAAGGUUUGGCACACUUAUGACACACAAUGGCGAAGCAAACAGAAAGGCUUGGUUGGGAUCUCGUUGUUGGCAGACUGGGGGGAGCCAGUGGACAUCACCAACCAGAGAGACAUCGAGGCAGCAGAGAGAUAUGUCCAGUUCUACAUGGGCUGGUUCGCUACACCCAUCUUCAAUGGGGACUACCCUCAGGUCAUGAAAGACUACAUAGGCAAGUAAUGUAUUGUCACAGCUUGGUGUUCCAUUUCCAGGAACAACCCACAGCGUUUAAAUGAAGCUAGCCUGCAAGCCUGAGGCUAGUACUGUUCAGACCAGGCUAGUAGAAAAUGUACCCAACUAGCCUGCUAGCCUGAGGCUAGCACUGUUCAGACCAGGCUAGUAGAAAAUCUACCCAACUAGCUCGCUAACCUGAGGCUAGUAGUGUUCAGACCAGGCUAGUAGAAAAUGUACCCAACUAGCCUGCUAGCCUGAGGCUAGUACUGUUCAGACCAGGCUAGUAGAAAAUGUACCCAACUAGCCUGCUAGCCUGAGGCUAGUACUGUUCAGACCAGGCUAGUAGAAAAUGUACCCAACUAGCCUGCUAGCCUGAGGCUAGUACUGUUCAGACCAGGCUAGUAGAAAAUCUACCCAACUAGCCCGCCGGCUGUCUUUUGAAAUAUCGAAUGGCACAGAUUAUAGACCCGGGAUAGUAAAAAUGGUGGUCUACACUCUGAAAGGGUUCUUCAGCUGUCCCCAUAGGAAAACCCUUUUUGGUUCCAUGUAGAACCCUCUGUGGAAAGGGUUUUACAUGGAACCCAAAAGGGUUCUUCAAAGGGUUCUCAUUUUACAUUUACAUUUUAGUCAUUUAGCAGACGCUCUUAUCCAGAGCGACCUACAGUUAGUGAAUACAUUUUUUUUUUAAUACUGGCCCCCCGUGGGAAUCAAACCCACAACCCUGGCGUUGCAAACGCCAUGCUCUAUCAACUGAGCUACAUCCCUGCCGGCCAUUCCCUCCCCUACCCUGGACCAAUUGUGCGCCGCCCAUGAGUCUCCCGGUCGCGGCCGGCGGCGACAGAGCCUGGAUUCGAAACAGGAUCUCUAGUGGCACAGUUAGCACUGCGAUGCAGUGCCUUAGACCACUGCGCCACUCAGGAGUUCUCCUAUGGGGACAGCCGAAGAACCAUUUUAGGUUCUAGAUAGCACCUUUUUUUUACUGAGUGUACUUGCCCGUGCCCAAAAUCAUUAAGUUCCAUCCCUGCUUAUAUGUAACAGGACAUAGAAACAUAUAUGUGUCACUGUCACACCUGCUGCCUCUCUCUCCACAGACAAGACGAGUGCCCAGCAGGGUCUGGGAAUCUCCCGUCUCCCUGUCUUCUCCUCCCAAUGUUAGGGUUAAGGGUUCGAGGUCAUAGUGUAAGCUGGUCUCUCUCUCUCUCUGGUCUCCAGGUAGGAAGAGUGCCCAGCAGGGUCUGGGAAUCUCCCGUCUCCCAGUCUUCUCUUCCCAGGAGAAGAGUUACAUCAAGGGCACCUGUGACUUCCUGGGUAUUGGCCACUUCACCACGCGCUAUAUCACCCAGAAGAACUACCCGUCUGGCCGCGGGAACAGCUACUUCACCGACCGCGACCUGGUCGAGCUGGUGGACCCUCGCUGGCCCGACCCCGGCUCUGAGUGGCUCUACUCUGUCCCCUGGGGAUUCAGACGCCUGCUCAACUUCGUCAAGGUAUAACACACAUGACUGUCCUACCAGCCAGACUUGGGUUAAAUACAUUAUGUAUUUGGUCAAAUACUGUAUGUUAACAACUUUCAACUACUUCCAGGUGGGUUUGGAGGUGUUCUUGAUUCAGUGUGAAGUUUGCACUUUAUUUGACUUAUGCUCCCUGUCUCCCUGUCUACUCCCCACCCUGUCUCCCUGUCUCCUCCCCACCCUGUCUCCUCCCCACCCUCUCCUCCCCACCCUGUCUUCCCCCCUGUCCUCCCACCCUCUCCUCCCACCUGUCUCCUCCCCACCUCCCCUGUCUCCUCCCACCCUGUCUCCCCUGUCUCCUCUCCUCCCCACCCUGUCUCCCUGUUCCUCCACCCUGUCUCCUCCCCACCCUCUCCUCCCACCUGUCUCCUUCCCCACCCUGUCUCCUCCCCCCCUGUUCCCAUCCUCCACACCCUGUCUCCUCCCCACCCUGUCUCCUCCCACCCUGUCUCGUCUCCUCCCCCACCCUGUCUCCUCCCCACCCUGUCUCCCUGUCUCCUCCCCACCCUGUCUCCCUGUCUCCUCCCCACCCUGUCAUCCCCCCCUCCCCCCACCCUGUUCUCCCCACCCUGUCACCUCCCACCCUGUCUCCUCCGUCUCCCACCUGUCUCCCUCUCCCACCCUGUCUCCUCCCCUGCUCCUUGUCACCCUGUCUCCCUGUCACCGCCUCCACACCCUGUCUCCCUGUUCACCCCUGUCUCCCUGUCUCCUCCCCUCCCUACCGUCACCCUUCCCCUGUCUCCUCCCCCCCUCCUCCUGUCCCCACCCUGUCUCCCUGUCUCCUCCCCUCCCUGUCACCCUGUCUCCCUGUCUCCUCCCCACCCUGCCUCCCUGUCACCCUGUCUCCCUGUCUCCUCCCCUCCCUGUCACCCUGUCUCCCUGUCUCCUCCCCACCCUGUCUCCCUGUCUCCCUGUCUCCUCCCCACCCUGUCUCCUCCCCACCCUGUCUCCCUGUCUCCCUGUCUCCUCCCUCCCUGUCACCCUGUCUCCCUGUCUCCUCCCCUCCCUGUCUUCCUGUCUCCCUGUCUCCUCCCCACCCUGUCACCCUGUCUCCCUGUCACCUCCACACCCUGUCUCCCUGUCACCCUGUCUUCCUGUCUCCCUGUCUCCUCCCCACCCUGUCUCCCUGUCUCCCUGUCUCCUCCCCACCCUGUCACCCUGUCUCCCUGUCUCCUCCCCACCCUGUCUCUCUACUAGACCCAGUAUGGGAACCCCAUGAUCUACGUGACAGAGAACGGGGUGUCAGAGAAGGUGCAGAGGUGCACAGACCUGUGUGAUGAUUGGAGGAUGCAGUACUUCAAGGAUUACAUCAAUGAGAUGCUGAAGGGUGAGGAACCUAUCUAUCAGAGGAAAUAACAUCCUCUUAAUAUUACCUUGAAGAAAGGUUUAGUACACUGUAGAGAAAAUAAUAGAAGAUUAUAGAGGUUUAGUAAAACGUGAAUUACUUGUUAUGAAUAAAAACAAUUUUAGUGAACUGGUAUCAUUUUAGGACAAAACAGGUGUUUUGAGUGUGUUUGAAGUUUCACUGUGUACUCAGUAGCCCCGUGUAGCUCAGUUGGUAGAGCAUGCCAGGGUUGUGGGUUCGAUUCCCACGGGGGGCCAGUAUGAAAAAAAAUAAUGUAUGCACUCACUAACUGUAAGUCGCUCUGGAUAAGAGCGUCUGCUAAAUGACUAAAGUAUAAAAAAAAUGUAAAAAAUGUACUCUAUUGAUACUGGGCAAAUUAAUUCCUAUAGCACCCUCUGUUGGUCUUUUCUCCACAUGACAGCCGUUAAGGACGGAGUGAAUGUGAAGGGCUACACAGCCUGGUCGCUGCUGGACAAGUUUGAGUGGGACGAAGGCUUCUCUGAGAGGUUUGGCCUGUUCUACGUGGACUUCCUCAACAAGAAUAAACCACGUUACCCAAAAGCCUCUGUUCAGUACUACAAACGCAUCAUCAGCUCCAAUGGAUUCCCCAACCAGAGAGAGGUACAGUCUGUCAGUCACAGACGCCUGUACACACCUGAUACAGGCCUAUUCUAUUUGGUUCAGAACCGUUGAAGUUUUCUUCAAAGUUUUCCUCUGUGCUGUUUUGUGACAGACCUUUUUUUUACAGGCUGUAUUAAUACAUAUUGAUUGAUUGGUUGGUUGAUUGAUUGGUUAGUUGGUUAAUUUAUUUUUAUGGUCUCUCUACAGGUGGAGAGCUGGAAAAGGAAAGCCACAGAGACAUGCUCCUCCAGUAACCAGCUGCUAGCUGCAGGUCAGUACAGUACAGUAGACUACACUACAACCCAACACCGCCAGAACCCAACACCGCCAGACCCCAACACCUCCAGAACCCAACACCGCCAGAAUCCAACACCGCCAGAAUCCAACACCGCCAGAACCCAACACCGCCAGAAUCCAACACCGCCAGAAUCCAACACUGCCAGAAUCCAACACCAGACCCACACGCCACACCCCAACACAGCCAAACCCCAACACCGCCAGACUCCAACACCGCCAGACCCCAACACCUCCAGAACCCAACACCGCCAGAAUCCAACACCGCCAGAAUCCAACACCGCCACAACCCAACACCGCCAGACCCCAACACCACCAACCCAACACCACUAGACCCCAACACCCCAGACCCCAACACCACCAACCCCAACACACCAGACCCAACACCACUAGACCCCAACACCACCCAGACCCCAACACCACUAGACCCCAACACCACCAACCCCAACACCCACCGGACCCCAACACCACCAGACCCCAACACCACCAGACCCCAACACCACCAGACCCCAACCACCACCAGACCCAACACCACUAGACCCCAACACCACCAGACCCCAACACCACUAGAUCCCAACACCACUAGACCCCAACACCCCCAGACCCCAACACCACUAGACCCCACCGCCAGACCCCAACACCACCAGAUCCAACACCACUAGACCCCAACACCACCGGACCCCAACACCACCAGACCCCAACACCACCAGACCCAACACCACUAGACCCCAACACCACCAGACCCCAACACCACUAGAUCCCAACACCACUAGACCCCAACACCCCCAGACCCCAACACCACUAGACCCCAACACCGCCAGAUCCCCAACACCACCAGAUCCAACACCACUAGACCCCAACACCACCAGACCCCAACACCACCAGACCCCAACACCACCAGAACCCAACACCCCCAGACCCCAACACCCCAACACCACUAGACCCCAACACCACCAGACCCCAACACCACCAGAACCCAACACCCCCAGACCCCAACACCCCAACACCACUAGACCCCAACACCACCAGACCUCAACAUAGCCAGACCCCAACACCACCAGACCCCAACAUAGCCAGACCCCAACACCACCAGACCCCAACACCACCAGACCCCAACAUAGCCAGACCCCAACACCGCCAGACCCCAACACCACCAGACCCAACACCACCAGCACCCAACACCAUCAGGCCCCUGGGUCAGUACAGUACAGUAGGCUACACCCCAACACCAUCGGACCCCUGGCUAAAAUACAUUAUGGCAAAGACUUUCCAAUACUUGAGCUGCGAUUGACUUGAUUUUGUAAGCCCCAGUACAACGGACUCAAUAGAAUAGUCCCAAAAACGGGAACUCCAGCCUAAAUCAAGCACAUACUUUCAACUUGAAAUGUUUAACUAUUUGAAAGUAUUUUACAUAAUGUAUGUCACUCAGCUCCAACAACUCCAGCAUGCAGGGACAUUGGGCUGAAUCUGGCUGCCAGGGCAAACAAAGGAACAUUCUGACUCUAAUUGGCACUUUUCAACAAAUAGUUGAACUACAAAUAGUUGAACUACAAAUAGUUGAACUACUACAAAAGUACAUGGGAAGACAUUCUCUAACAGGACUUUUCUUUGUUUGCCCCUCCAGCUAGAAGAAAGUCCCAGCAGGACAAUAAGGAACAGGAAGGGAUGCCAAAGGUUUGGCCAGUGCAUGAUGAAGUUUAGGUAGGCCUACUUAGGACUCAAUUAGUUAUUAUUUUUGAUUGACUGACUGGUGUGUAGCAGACCUGGAUGUGAAAUACAUUCACCAAAUAAUUUGCAAAUCAUUUAAAGUGUUGAAUUUUGAGGUGUGGUUGAUUUUAGCAUGGGGUUUGCACUUAGUGGACUAUUCGCUAUUUGCUGCUGAGUAAAUGUCAGCUAGUAGUGCAGAGUGGUGUAGUCAUCUAUGUGUUAUUAUAAACAUGUAUUUAGCCACUUUGCCUUCUGUUUGCCCUUUAGGGUGUAGGCCGGGUUACUGUUAGGGCUUUAUAAAUACAUUUAAUGGAUUUAUUGUGUUCAAAUGAUUAUUCCAGAUCCGUUGACGAGCCACAUGGAGAUGGUAACAGAGAUCGUGGUUCCUACAGUGUGUACUCUCUGUAUUCUCCUGGCUGCGGUCUUCCUCAUGUUCCUGCUGCGUGGACGCUUCUAG